CUUUUUUUUUUUUCUCCAAAGUUGUAAUUUUGGGAAAGCAUUUGACAGAUCAAAUGCGUUACCCAGUUUUUCUUUCUUUUCUUUAUCUCAUCCCUUUAACUUGAAAAUUUAGUUUUUUUUUUCCGCUUCCAUCAUUUUGGGGGGUUUUCGUAUUCAAUUUUGGGAAAUUACUUUUUCUGGUAUUUUAGGGUUUUUUUGUUUUUUUAAAGAAUUGAAAGGUUGGAAAAUAGGUGAUUUUGGGAUCACUGCGGGUUUGGUUAUAGAGGCAAUGCAGAAUAAUUCAAAGAACAAAUGUACAUCUGCAUCCCACCAGCUGAUGGUGGACAAUACCAAGAACCGGCUCAAUUAUCUCCAAGAACGGUUCACUGAUCUUCAAGCCGCUAGGAAGGAAGGUCGAGCUGGUGAUGUUGCAGUGUUAGAGGAGCAAGUUUAUCAGAACCUUCGUGAGUGGAAAGCUGAGCUCUGCACACCAUCCCCGACCUCUUCUUUAUUGGGUGAUAGUCUUGGAUCAUUCUCAGAUGAUAUAAACCGGUUGUUGCAACUAUAUGAGGAGGAAGAUGAUGCCACUAGUCCAUUAAAGGGACAAGCAAUGCAGAAGCCUGAGACUGAUGUUCAAAGCCCUAAUCCCAGUAAUUUGCCUGUAAUUCCUGAGGACUAUUUAGUGAAUCAUGAGCCACAAGAACAUGGUUUUCAAGGGAUUGAUUUAUGUAAAAUUUCUACCCCAGCUUUGGAGACCACAAUGGUUGGUAAUGCUGACAUAAAUUAUCAAUUGGAUUAUCAUCCAUUUGACAUACGGCAAGAAUUUGGCCAUGGGCUUCUCAUUGGUGCCAAUGGCACUGAAGAUUUUGUGAAGGAUGCUAGCCUCAACAUACUGCCAAAUAUCUCUCCACCAUCUGCUUUCAUGGGGCCAAAGUGUGCUCUUUGGGAUUGUACAAGGCCUGCUCAAGGAUCUGACUGGUACCAGGACUACUGUAGCAGUUUUCAUGCUACUCUAGCUCUAAAUGAAGACCCCCCUGGCACAAUUCCAAUUCUACGCCCUGGUGGAAUCAGUUUAAAGGAUAAUUUACUACUAGAUGCAGUUCGAGCAAAGAUGCUGGGUAAGAAUGUUGGCAUCCCUCAAUGUGAGGGUGCUGCUACCAUGAAAUCUCCUUGGAAUGCUACAGAGUUAUUUGAUCUUUCUUUACUCGAGGGUGAAAUAAUCAGGGAGUGGCUUUUCUUUGAUAAACCUAGGAGGGCAUUUGAGAGUGGAAACAGAAAGCAGAGGUCUUUACCAGAUUACUCUGGACGUGGUUGGCAUGAAUCAAGGAAGCAGGUUAUGAAGGAAUUUGGGGGACAGAAGAGGUCAUAUUACAUGGACCCACAACCUUCUGGCAAAUAUGAGUGGCACUUGUUUGAAUAUGAGAUCUAUGGUUGUGAUACUUUUGCUUUAUAUAGACUGGAGCUCAAGCUUGCCAAUGAAAAGAAGAGUCCCAAAGUGAAAGUUACAAAAGAUUCACUUGCUGAUCUGCGGAAGAAAAUGGGAAGGCUCACUGCUGAAGUUCCUGGAGAUGACAGAACUCCUGUUAAGGGCAAGAUGAAGGCUAAUAAGAACGCUGAUACCAAAAACGUCAGUUCUGCUCAAGAAUAGAUUGAGUAUUAAGACUGGCGCUGAAUUAUGGUUAUAGUGUUUCUGAACAAUCAUCUUUGCUAAGAAAAUCAACUUGCUGUCGUGGCAUAUAAAUGAGCAGUUUGUUGUGCAUUUGGGAUCUAAUGUCAUUCUACAUCAAGCGAUCAAGUAGUACAAAGUCAUUAUCUUAAAUAACAUUGCUUUUUUCCUUCUUCAAGCGAUCAAGUGCGUCUCGUGCAUCACACCAUAAGCUAGAUAUGGACUAUACUUCGCUGAGGUGUUGGGUGCCCCUUAACUGCUUAAAGAUGG